CAAACGGGCGGCGUCUCGAAACCGGAAGAAGGUCAAGCGUAACCAACUGACAACGGACUUCCCUCGAGGAUUUUGGAUCUGCAUCUUCUGGAUCAGCGUUUCUGUUUUGCUGAAUAGUAAUGAUGGAUUCCUCGUCACAUUGUGACCAGUCUUUGCUUUCUGCAGAAUGUGAGGAAGGAAUCGAUGAGGAUGAAAAUCUCUAUCAGAAAUUACUGUUACAGGCUGCUCAAGAAAUGCAAAGUCAGGUGACACCAAAUUCAAAACCGAUAAAACCAGAACCAGGUUUCUGUGUGAAGACAAAGACCUCUGAUGGAGGGAAGGUGUUUGUCAACAUCUGUCAGUCAUCCCAGGUCCCGCCCCCUCCGGACAUCUCGGAGGCGGAGCUGGUGGAGCUGCUCCAAUCGGAAGACCCCUCGGGAUUCCGAGUUCCCAUGAGCCUCGGCGAGCCUCAUGCGGAGAUAGACAACAGUUCCAACGGCUGCACGGCUUAUGAUGUUGUUAUAAACCCUGAAUUCUUCAACAAAACCAAGGGCUCGGAGCUGGUUCUGGAGUUUCUGAUCGCCGUGUCGUUCGAGGGGCUGGAGAAUAAGUACGAUCUGCAGUUGUGCCGAGAGUGGAAGAUUCUGAAGAACAGGAAGUUCCUCGGCUCCAUUGCGGAUCAGAACAUCCGAACCAAACCACGACCCGGGAUCCAGGAGCUAGAGAGCCGACUGACAGAGGAUCAGCUGACCUCACUCUCUGACAGUUUGGGGGAGUCUCCUCCUCUCACCCUCACUGUGGAACCCCCUCAAGGGGAGCCCCAAUAUCUCAUCGCGGAGAUCAGCCUGCCCAAAGUGCCCUCCUCUCGCUCCCUCGUUCUCGAUCUCGGGGAGGACAGGAUGGUCCUGUCUGCUCGUCCCUCCCUCUAUCACCUCGACUGCUUCCUUCCCUUCAUCAUCGACCCGGAGAGCAGCGCAGCUCAGCAUCACCGUGGAACCAGAAUCCUGACGAUCACAAUGCCGGUAAUCGGCUCUGCCUGAGAAACGAGACCCCGCCCCCUGACCACACCCCUCCCUAAACCACACCCCUCCCUUACCACACCCCUCCCUAAACCACACCCCUCCCUAAACCACACCCCAUCCUAACGACACCCCUCCC